UUGAAGUUAGGUGGUCUGUUAUAUCAGUAACAAGUGAUGUAGGAAGUUUUGACUUUUUGGCUGCAGGUCUGGUUCCUACUGACACUAGUGACGGUUUUUCUCUCAACGAGCGAACGAGCACGAGCAGAUCAAAGUAAAUCUAACUCAAACAAACUUAAAUUUGGUUGCUCACUCCCGUGAACUACAGGCACGACUUGUGACUUGUCGAGUUCUGUCACAUCUGAGUCUUCUGGACAGCUAGUGCUUUUGCUUUCUUCCUGACUGCGUUUAUCUGCUUAGAACAGGUAAAAUGGAGCCAAUGGCAUUGGGAUCACCAGUAGGUAGCCCUGCUAACAUGAGUUCCACACAACAGUUCUUGCCACAAUUUUUGUUAGGUGAGAAUGACUUUAAUCAAUCACUGAACCAAUCACUUAACCAAUCUCAUCCUGGGCCAAGUACUGCACGGCAACUUGUGAUGAGCCCAACCAGUGCAGGAAGACAUGUUACAUUCUCUCCUCCGUCAAUUGGGGGUUUUGGACCUGCGCUUAGCUCAGCAGACUCUCGCAUGAACAGAGCACAAGCACCAGCUGGUCUAAUUGGUCAGAGUGAAAAGGGCUCUGGCCCUCCAACUACAGGCUUGUUUGACACACUCCACCCAUCCUCAGAGCAGUUACAAUACCUGUCUCCAAGCAAACCUAAUGACAACUCAAUGUACCAAUCGAACCUCAAUGCUUCACUUUUAGCAACGUCACCUCCACCAGCAACACCUGGAAGCCAAGCUCAUCAUAUGAACCAAGAGCCCCUUUCAAGUAACUGGGUCACUGUGUUUGGUUUCCCUACCUCUGCAACCUCUUCGAUAUUGGCUCAGUUUGCCAGAUAUGGAAAUAUUGUGGACAAACAGCUACCUGUUCAAGGAAAUUGGAUGCAUUUACUGUAUCAAACAAGAGUUGAGGUCCGACGAGCUCUUGGUAAUAAUGGCAAGGUCUUUGGUGGGAAUACCAUGGUAGGAGUUAUGCCCUGCACAGAUCCUUCCAUUGUUGAGAUCUCAAAAGAAAAUUUGAGGGAUCCUAAUAUCUCAAGACUGAGCAUGUCUACCACUACUGGUAACAUGUCAUUUGGAACACCAACAAUGGGGCCCCCAGGGUCUGGAAUUUCAAGCCCAUUUGGAACACCCCGCAGUGCAAGGCCACUUCAAAGGGCUUUUUCAAGUACUCAUGUUGGUGAUGUUGUCUCACCCCAGCAUACACCACAACGAACCACAAGUCUUGUGUCGAGAGCUAUGGACUAUGUUUUUAAUUGGUAGAUUAUAUGUUUUCUACUGUGUUUUUCAAUUAUGUCAUGAUUUCUUAUGUAAUUUUCUAAAUGAGUUGACGAGAGGUGAUGUACCUUAAAAUGAAAGGCAGAUUUGCAGUUCUGCAGUGUAUGUGAUUGUAGGAUGUAAUAAUUUUGUACAGCAUAUUUGUUAAUUUGUGUGAGUUGAGCUGUGUAUGUUUUAAUAUCCUUUCAUAUGUGUUACACUCUUUUAAUGGAAAAGUCAUCUUUGUUCAGUUUCAUUUCUUACGAAUUCAGUUCUGUACAAUCUUUGUACCUGUUACCAGUGAAUAACUGUGAAAUGAUUGAAUGAUUGCUACCAGUAUACAUACAA